AUGGAGGCGGUGAGGGGAGGAGGAGGACGAAGAGUCGCCGCCGCGGCCUCCCCCUCUGCUGCCUCCUCAGCCGGGCCCGGGGCCUGCGGGUGCAAGGGAAGCCGCUCCUGCCUGCUUUGCGAGGAGGCCGCCCCGCCCCCGCAGAAAAAAGAGAACUUUGUUUACUGUCCUCUAACGGGCUUGGCCAUGGCAGAAGAACAAUCAGAAUUUGCAGGCUGGGCUUUUCCGUUUUCAGGAGUUUUUUUGCUGGAAGACUUCGUAAGCCUAGAGGAGGAAAGCAAGCUGGUGAAGCUGAUGGAUCAGAGCACUUGGAAGCCAUCGCAAUCUGGCCGAAGAAAGCAGGACUAUGGACCUAAAGUCAACUUCAAGAAGCACAAAUUGAAAGUAGCUGAUUUUUCCGGCUUGCCCAAAUUCAGCCAGGAGCUUGUGACACGGAUGAAAAACCAUUCUCUACUGACAAGCUUCUCUCCUGUUGAGCAGUGCAAUUUGGAUUAUGGCCCUGAGAGAGGAUCUGCCAUUGACCCUCAUUUGGAUGACUGGUGGCUUUGGGGUGAUCGCCUAGUGAGUUUGAACUUGCUAUCAAGCACCGUGCUUUCCAUGUCCUGCGAUUCUGAGGACAAUCUCCAGUUAUUCCCUGCUUCCCUUUGUGAAGAGAAACAGAUGCACACCUCCAGAUUGCCCUCUGUCUCUCAGAGCCAUCAUCAACCAACCAGUUUUACUUCUGAAAGGCUCAGAAGCACCGCUGAAUGCAAAACUGACUACUCUUCUUCCACAAAGUUGGUUCCAUCUCAAGACGUUACUGUUGCUGUUCACUUACCUAGGAGAUCGCUGGUGGUUUUGUACGGUCCUGCUCGCUAUGUAUGGAAACAUGCAAUUUAUCGCAAUCAUAUCACAAGCCGCCGGAUCUGUGUCACCUUCAGAGAGUUGUCUCAGGAGUUCAGUGAUGGAGGAGAGCAGGAAGAACUGGGUAGAAAGCUGCUUCAAAUUGCCCUAACAUUCCAGGGAACACCCAUGUAAGCAUUUGAGAGGAAGAACUGUGAUGCAUAUUGGAUUGUUUGGCUGAAUGGAAAUUAAAGUGUAAAGCUUUUAUGAA